CAGCUCCAUAACCCUCUUUCUCUCUCCGCCUCGCAGUGGGACCCCAUGAUCACCACGCUGCCGGGCUUGUACCUGGCCUCGGUGGGCGUCGUGAAGCCCGCGGCGUGGCUCUUCGGCUGGACGGGGAGCGUGGUGUGCUCUGCGGGAAUGCUCCGGUUCAUGAACCUCCUGUUCAGUGCUGGGAACUUCUAUUUACUGUAUUUGCUUCUGUUCAAGAUCCAUCAGAAGAAUAAGGCUGUGUCUGGUUUCCAGAGAAUCCUAUCUACAUUAACUCUUGCAAUGUUUCCCACCCUUUAUUUUUUUACAUUCCUUUAUUAUACGGACCCAGGAUCAGUAUUUUUUACUCUCUUUGCCUAUUUAAUGUGCCUUUAUGGUAACCAUAAAACUUCAGCUCUCCUUGGAUUUUGUGGCUUCAUGUUCCGUCAGACGAAUAUUGUGUGGACAGUUUUUUGUGCUGGAAAUGUUGUUGCAGAGAAGCUAAAUGAAGCCUGGAAGACAAAGCUACAGAAAAAGAAAGAUGAAAAGAUUUUUUCCAGGAAAGGAUCAUUUUCAGACUUGAUCAGAAUAUUGCAGUUUCUUAUUGAAUAUCUCCUAUCACCUAAAAACUUAGUUACACUUACUGCUUUAACUUGGCCAUACAUCAUAUUAGUAAUUGUGUUCUUUGUUUUUGUCUUCUUCAAUGGUGGAAUAGUUGUUGGUGACAGAAGUAGCCAUGAAGCCUGUUUGCACUUUCCUCAGCUGUUCUAUUUUCUGUCCUUUACUGUCUUUUUUUCAUUCCCUCAUUUAUUGACCCCUACUAAAAUCAGGAAAUUCAUUCUGUCAUUACGAAAACACCCUGUGCAGUACAGCUUAAUUACUGUCAUCUCUUUAUUCCUGAUCUGGAAAUUUACCUAUGUUCAUAAGUAUUUACUAGCAGAUAACAGACAUUAUACAUUCUAUGUCUGGAGAAAAGUCUUCCAAAGACACGAGCUUGUAAAAUAUGUGUUAGUUCCAGUCUAUAUAUUUGCUGGCUGGAGUUUUGCUGAUACACUAAAAUCAAAAUCAAUAUUCUGGAUCUUAAUGUAUUUUGUAUGUUUACUAGCAGUCACAGUUCCUCAAAAGUUGCUAGAAUUUCGUUACUUUAUUUUGCCUUUCUUAAUAUAUAGACUCAAUAUUCCAUUUCCCUCUCUAUAUAAACAACUUCUGGAGCUGGCUUUUUAUGUUGUUGUGAAUGCUGUAACUUUUUAUCUUUUUCUAAACAAAACAUUCCAAUGGCCAAAUAGUGAUGAAAUCCAGAGGUUUAUGUGGUGAC